UCACUUCCUCAAUAUGCUUUCCAGUAAACUUAUACACAUUUCCCUUCCCUUGUGUAACUUACCGUUUUAGCCGAAAUUCAUCUCUGUAACUUCACAUGAAGUGACCCUGAGAGUGUUCUCGUGCCACAGUUUUAAUAUGAGGCUGUGUGGACUGCUGUUGACUCUCUCCUUGGUUCUGGCAGAUGAAAAUGGCAAUGACAUACAUGACUCCUGUGAAGAGGCACUGAACUCCUAUGGUAGCAAAACUGCAUUACUGAUGAAGAACCAUGAGAAUUGCAUAAAUUCAAGUAUAUCUGAAAUCCCAUGUUUUAUUUAUAAUGUAAAUCUAUUAAGUUGUUCCUGGAGCACAGAUUCACUUCCUGAGGAUGCACAAUAUUCAGCUUCAUUUCACACACCAAUGGACUACCCUUUAAAAUGCAAGCCAGAAAGUUCAAAGAAACUGGUUGAAUGCCAAGGCCGCUUUGAGGAGAUACAUGAGCAUUUGACUGUUAAAGUCAAUAUUUCCAUAAAUGGUUACUUGUGCAUCAUCUGCCAAAAUUAUAUUCCAGCAGAUAUCGAAAAGCUGGAUCCCCCACAAAAUAUUACAACUGUAACUAAGUCAACAAACUUAGAGAUACAGUGGCAGCAGCCAAGCAGUUGUUGUACUAAAAAAAGCACAUGUUUUAUUUAUGAGUUGAAGAUUAAUAAUGAGCCAGUACAGUUGGAGGGUUAUAUAACACACACAUAUAACAUAACAAACUUUGAUCCAACAAGGAGUUACACUAUUCAAAUGAGGUCCAAACCUGAAAAUACCUGUUCUGAUACAAAAUACUGGAGUGACUGGAGUAAAGCCAUGGUGGUCAAACCAUCUGGAAACAUCUACAAGCUUAAUACAGGUGUGAUUCUAUCCAUUGCUUUUGUGCUUCCUAUGAUUCUUUUGGCUUUUCUUCUGGUCUGCAAGUUCCAAAGGUUAUUUGAGAAGCUGUUUCCAUCCAUUCCAAACCCAUCCAGGAAUGUUCAAAUGCUUCUUGAGAAAAAUGAUUUUAAUCAGGUUACGCCCCCUAAACAAAGUGAAGAAGGGGCCGAAAUCCUUGAGGUGAUAGGUUAAAGAACCAUUCUAUACCAACAUAUUUUAAACCAGCAUUAAGAGAAAGAGUUUGAGGAUGUUGCAUAGAUGACACUUCUCAGUGGUUUUUUGGUGUAGAUGAGGGUUUAAAACAGAAGAGUUGUGCAAAAACAUGCGGUUAUAAAUGAGUGAAAAAAGAACGUGCUAUUGCACUAUAUGUCAUCCCCCCACCCCCACCACCCACC